AUUUGACCAACUCGAUAUCCUCAGGUGGCUCUAAAGAAUGUUUACUUGGCUAUAGGUGCUGGUGUUGCUGCAUUUCUACAGGUAUCUUGCUGGAUGGUUACUGGAGAAAGACAAGCUGCACGAAUACGAAGUUUGUAUCUGAAAACAAUAUUGAGGCAAGAUGUUGGCUUUUUCGAUACAGAAACGAACACUGGGGAAAUUGUUAAGAGAAUGUCAGGUGAUACUGUGCUCAUUCAAGAGGCCAUGGGCGAGAAGGUAGGAACUGUUAUCCAGUUAAUUGCAACAUUUAUUGGAGGCUUUGUUAUAGCAUUUGUUAAGGGAUGGCUUCUCGCCCUUGUCAUGCUAUCUUCCAUUCCCCCUCUUGUCCUUGCUGGUGCCGUCGUGGCCAUCCUUGUAUCGAAAUUGGCAACCCGUGGACAAGCUGCUUAUUCAGUGGCAGCAACUGUGGUGGAGCAAACGAUUGUUUCAAUUAGAACUGUUGCAUCAUUCACAGGAGAAAAACAAGCUAUAUCUAAUUACAACAAUUCCUUAAUUGAUGCUUACAACUCUGCUGUGCUAGAAGGUUUGGCAUCUGGGUGUGGAAUUGGUUCGGUUAUGCUUAUUAUGAUGUGUAGUUAUGCUUUGGCUAUAUGGUUUGGAGGAAAGAUGAUUCUUGAAAGAGGAUAUACAGGAGGAGAAGUAAUAAGCGUACUUUUCGCGGUAUUGACUGGCUCCUUGUCUCUUGGGAAUGCAUCUCCAUGCAUGAGUGCAUUUGCUGCUGGACAAGCUGCAGCCUAUAAGAUGUUUGAGACGAUUAACAGAAAGCCGGAUAUAGAUGCUUAUGACACUAAUGGGCAGCAGUUACAGGAUAUACGUGGAGAGAUGGAACUGAGGGAUGUUUAUUUUAGUUAUCCUGCAAGGCCUGAUGAACAAUUAUUCCAUGGAUUUUCUCUCUCAAUACCUAGUGGUGAAACUGCUGCUUUGGUUGGAGAAAGCGGAAGUGGUAAAUCAACUGUAAUCAGUUUGAUUGAGAGAUUUUAUGACCCCCAAGCUGGGGAAGUUCUUAUUGAUGGUAUUAAUCUGAAAGAGUUCCAGCUGAAAUGGAUCCGACAGAAAAUAGGCCUCGUCAGCCAGGAACCUGUUUGGUUUCUGUUAGAACCCUACUCUACAUCUUCCACAAUUGCACAGAGAGAGUAA